GAAUUGUCGAUUUUUCAACCUAAUUAAUCUGCACUGAGUCACCUCCAACCCCGGAAUUGCGUUCCCAGCUCCUUAAGUUAACACACGUUCUUUUUCCCUAUCUAGAGAUGGGUGACCACAUUGAAAUCUCCCCAUCCAAAGCUAAGAUCCCAAAUGUCAACCAAAUAACAUCCCUACUUCUUCAAUCUAACCCCUAAACUCUAACUUAUCAACAUGGAGAAACCAUCUUCAGAGCUAGACCAGGCCUCUAACCCCACCCGAGCCUACCCUCGAAAAUCUAACCAGAACAUCUCUCUCUCCUCCCCCAAACUCCCGAUCUACCUCCUAACCAUCUUCGUCAUCCUCUUCAUUCUCUUCCAAAUCCACUCCCUCCAAACCUCCCAAUGGGCGCCUCUCACACAUAAAUGGGAUAAAAUCCACUCGUGCCUCCCGACUCUCAACAGUAAGGCAGAAGACUCGAAAUCCACGACCUCCAGACUCCGCCAGUCCGUCACCUUCCUCCCCCUCAAGGACCUCCGCUUCUCAGACGUCCCCAUGCAAGGGCACACAUGGUUCAUGAGCUCCUUGUACGACACACACGAGCACGGCGAGGUUCAAUACCAAGAAUUCCCAUCCGAGCCCUCCGGAGGCAGAAUCCUCUGCCUCCGAGGCCGGGACUCCCACGACGGGUCGUGGAACUCGUACGCGCUCGCCUGGCCAGACGCACUGCCGGAGAACGCGACCCUGUCUCGGGGCCUCACGUUUAUCUCCAACAACCACUACGACUACCACAACAUCUGGCACGGUCUGUCGGCCAUGACGCCUUUCGUGGCAUGGCACGCCAGGAACCAGUGCAGGGCCCCCGAGCGGUGGAUACUGUUCCACUGGGGCGAGCUGCGGACGAGCAUGGCCCCCUGGGUGAGGACCAUGCUGGAGGCCGUGUUCGGAAGGCCGCUCGACAUCGAGACGUUCGAGGGAAGUGGGCCCACGAGCUGCUUCAAGGGGGCGGUGGUGAUGAGGCACAACGAGGGGGGGAUGUCGAGGGAGAGAAGGAUGGAGGCGUACGAUCUCAUGAGGUGCAAGUCGAGGAUGUAUUGCGGUUUGGGGCUUGAUGAGAAGGAGGAUAAAGGACUGCAGAUCGGGAUGACGAUGCUGAUGAGGGACGGGGCACGCUCGUUCAGGAACCCAUCCGCGGUGGUCCGGAUAUUCGAGAGGGAAUGCCGAAAGGUGAGUGGGUGCCGCCUUACGGUGUCCUACCCGCACAACCUCACGUUCUGCGAGCAGGUGGAGUUGAUGAGUAGGACUGACAUCGUGAUAUCGGCGCAUGGGGCACAGCUGUCGAACAUGAUCCUCAUGGACAGGGAAAGCAGCGUCAUGGAGUUGUUCCCUAAAGGGUGGCGCGAGCUGGCAGGGGUGGGACAGUACGUGCACCACUGGCUCGCCAGCUGGUCGGGGAUGCGCCACGAGGGCGCCUGGCGGGACCCGGUUGGGGACACCUGUCCUUAUCCGGAGGAUGAUCGGCGCUGCAUGUCAGUCUUCAAGAAUGGACGGAUAGGAUAUAAUGAGAGCUACUUCUCGGAAUGGGCUACCCGUGUUUUGAGUCAGACAAGUCAGAGGAAGAAAGCACUCAUCAUGAAUAAUGCAUCGGGUAGUAAUCCUGUGAAGGGACUCUGUGGGUGCAACUGAUAAGCUUGUCUCUUUUAGUUUUUGAAACAGGGGAUUAUCUGUGGGGGCUUAUUCUAUUUAUAUAUGAGUUCAAACGGAAGUUUGUAAUUUGCAAAGCUAAUUCUACAUGUAAUGCCACGAAUAAUC